AUGGCUCAGGCCCCGUCGCCCGGCGGCCCCGGGACCCGGCGCUUAAGCUUCUGGGGCCCCCCGACCCAGCGCCAGACCGACACUCCGACCGCCCUCCCGAUGUCCUUGCCGACCACCUUCCCCUCGGUGGCCUCGAGGACGGUCGAGAUGUCCCAGGGCCCGGAGCCGCCUCCGCCAGACCGCCCGCCGGGCCUAGGCCGCGACCACCAGCCGGACGGCGCUGGGGAGCCAGGCGCCCACACACGUGGUGGGGUCACCGCGGACAUCGACCAGGAGCCCGAGCCCGAUCCCGAGCCCGAGCCCGAUCCCGAGCCGGAGCCGGAGCCGGAUCAGGGCCCAGCAUCAGAGGAGCAGGCCGAGGGGCCCCGCCGUCCCAACUUCAACGCCCAGCAGCUGGAGGAGCUGGAGCGCAUUUUCCAGCACAACCACUACCCCAGCUCUAUGCUGCGAUGGGACCUCUCGAGACGCAUGGAAGUGUCUAUCUCCAAAGUGACGGUGUGGUUUAAGAACAGGAGAGUCAAGUGGAGAAGACGCCAGAGGGUGCUGCAGCUGAGAGCCCACCGCAACCAGCACAGGGCUCAGAACAGGGCAGCCAUCUACAACCAGAACCAGAGACACCAGCCCCUGGCCCAGGCGCAGGCCCAACCCCUGGCCCAACCCAUGGCCCAGCCCCUGGCCCAGCCCCUGGUCCAGCCCCUGGUCCAGCCCCUGGCCCAUCCCCUGGUCCAGCCCCUGGUCCAGCCCCUGGCCCAGCCCCUGGCCCAGCCCCUGGCCCAGCCCCUGGUCCAGCCCCUGGCCCAGCCCCUGGUCCAGCCCCUGGCCCAGCCCCUGGCCCAGCCCCUGGCCCAGCCUCUGGCCCAGCCCCUGGCUCUGCCCCUGGCCAUGCCCUUGCCUCAGCCCCAGCUUCAGCAGCCCCUGGCCCAGCCUCAGCCUCUGGCCCUGCCCCAGCCCCAGGCCCAGGCCCAGCUCCAGGCCCCAGGGCGGCAGGAGCCCCUCUGGAUCUGUAUGGUCUCUCAGCCUCUGAUGGUCUGGCCUCCAGUGCCCAUGGGCCCCGGCCUAAAUGCCCCCUAUGCAGGCCCUGUGGCUCCUUGUUUCCAUCCUCCCUUCCAGGCUCCUUUUGCUCCUCAGGGCCCUCCUCAUGUGGGCGCUCAGGGCCCUCCUGUGGGCCAUGCUCCAGUGGCUGCUCCAGUUCCUCCUCGCAAUGCUGCUGGCUUCCCCCCGCCCUUCCUUCCUCCCUACCCUCCCCUCUACCCACCUCAGGCCAACCCUCCAGGCCUCCCUCCCUACCCUCCUGUGUUGCCUCCUGCAGGGCAGCCCCUCUUCCUUCCUCCCAUGGCCCCCUUUGCUGCUGGGCCCGUGUUUCCAACCCCUCUGCCUCCAUGCUGCCUGGCUGCCCUAGCCAGUUCCUGGUACUAUACUGGCAACGGGGCUGCUAUGGCCCCUCCCUACAGAGGGAGGAUUCCGUGACCUGGCUGCCACCAAGGCCCAGAGCCUGCUCCACAUUCUGUGCCAGAAAGCACAGCCAGCCAGCCAGCCAGUGUCCUUCCAGACUGUGUGUCUUUAAAUAAAGCACAAACUCUG